AUGUCUCCAUCUCUCACAGGGUGCAAACUCCUGUCAGCCACCCCCUCAGGCUCCUCGUCGAUUCUGGUAAAAUGGGAAAAACACGAUAAGGCAACAAGCUAUUUUUUGGACCUUCGGGUGAAAAACAAUACAAAUUUUGCACCGGUUGUGGUGACCCUGCCAUCGACCGCGCGAGAGAGGAAUGUCCAGGGUCUGAGACCGGGGACCGAGUAUACUGUGACUCUCAAAGUCUUCCAGUUCUACUUUGUGGUGUGUAUGGAUACAGCUGUGGCGACUACAGUCCCCGACACAGCGCAGAUAGAAUUUGGCCGGGCACUGUCCAGUUCUUCAAUCCUUGUAGAAUGGACUACGGUACCCUCGGCGGACUACUACCACCUGAUGGUGCGCUCUCAGGCCACCGGACAAACGUUCAAUUUCACCUACACCAACACCAGCGUUAUAGUGAGGAACCUGCAGCCCGCUACCAACUACGACUGCUACGUCUACACAGUGAACCAGGCCGGCGCGGGAAGAGGAAGCAAAGUGAGGACCAUGACGACCUUGGUACAGCCUCCGGUGAACAUUACAGCUGUACAGACUGGCCGGAGCACAGCCAGGGUGAUGUGGCAGCCAGUGGAGGACGUCCUCAUGUACAGAGUUGUUAUCCAGAACCUUGACGAACCCACCAGCAGUCCGUCAGUGUAUAACGUCACAGACAUCGUGCUGGAUGUUCACGGCAUCCUCCCGUGUUCCACCUAUCUGGUAUCAGUGUCCUCAUUCAACAAGUUCCUUUUCCCGAGCGAGCCCACAGACUACACAUACUCCACCAACAAGCUGACAUCAGUUUCAUCAGUAUCGGUGGACUACACCUGCACCAAUAACUCUGCCACGGUGCGUUGGACGGCUGUGUUCGGGGCCGACUCCUACAAAGCCACGGCGAUGAGCGAAAAUGGCACACAGCUGAUGUGCACGAGCCAGAGCACCAGCUGUGCGAUCACCGGACUGAACUGUGGUCAGAAAUAUGUGGUCCACGUGACUCCCAUAUCAGAGAACUGCAAGAACAUCAUGAACAAGACCUCGGCCACUUUUCAGACGGUCCCCUGUCCUCCCAAGAACCUGGAGCUGGUGCGAGAUUGUUCCAGCGAUGUCAUCACUUUUUCCUGGGAGCACACAAACAACACAGACUACUACCUGGCCAAAGCAGUAGACUCCAAGGGAGUGGUCCGGGAGUGUCUGACUCAGGACAACACUUGUUUCUUUACACACUCAGUGUGUGGACGACACUAUUACUUCACAGUCGUUUCAUUCUCAGGGGAGUGCAAGAGCGCGGUCAGCUCUACUGUUGACAUUCGCACAGCUCCCUGUAUUCCCCAGAAUCUGCAAACAUCGGCCGACUGCAAGUCAGAUUCUCUGCUCAGCAAGUGGGACCUGGCAGAGGGGGCUCUGCGCUACACUGUGGAGGCCUUCGGCAACAAGGGAAACAAUUCCCGCUUCAACUGCAGCUCAAUGUCCAACAGCUGCUCCAUAGAGGGAAUCCACUGCGGAGAGUAUCUGACUGUCUACAUCACGGCUUUUGACGAUGAAUGCGCCAGUCCGAGGUCACUGGGGCCUGUGGCUGAAACAGUCCCAUGCACUCCUACCAACGUAUCAGCAGUGAAGGAAUGUGGAGCGGACGCCAUCACCGCCACCUGGCAGCUGACCGGAGGUGCAAUUUUCUACAUCGCCAUGGCAAAGGAUAGCGAGGGUGUCAUUCACAACUGUAACGCCAUUGAUCUGACUUGUAAGAUCCAGGGCUUGAAGUGCAGCACCAACUACACAGUGUACGUCAUUGCCUCCAACAUCAUGUGCAACAGCUCUGAGAGCGAGGCGGUCACCAUAGAGACAGCUGCUUGCCCUCCGGAUAACAUUACUGCCUCCCUAGACUGUGCAGCCAAUGACGCUCUGAUUUCAUGGCAUGGUCAGCCCCAAAUGAACUCCUACACCGCCACCAUCGUGGAUGAAGACCAAGGACUUCUCAGCUGCAGCUCCACUACAACCAGCUGUAGGGUACAAAACCUGAAAUGUGGCAUGCUCUACACCGUCACUGUCUGCCACCAUGAUGGCAUCUGCCCCAGCAUGCCCUCUAAGGCCAUCUACUUGGAGUCUGUUCCUUGUGGGCCGGCCAACGUGCAGGCUGACGUAGACUGUGCGUCAGGUGGACUGACCAUUGGCUGGAACGCAUCCAGAAACGCAGAAGGCUACAUCACCAUGAUCUCAUAUAACAACAUGCAAAAGUCUUAUAACACCACACAGCCUACACUGAGCAUCAACACACUGGAGUGUGGACUGGAGUACACAGUGAAGGUGACGUCCAUCAAUAAGACCUGUGUCAGUUUUCCCUCGGUCAUACCUGUCAGCGAAGCACCAUGUGUACCUACUAAUGUGAUGGCGAAGAAAAACUGUGGCCAGAGUUUUAUGGAAGUGACAUGGCAAGCAAGCCGUGGCGCCAAAAACUACACCGCCGUUGCUAUGGGUAAAGAUGACAGUCGCUUGGAAUGUGUAUCCAACAAGACGUCUUGCAGCCUGGAGGGCGUGAUAUGUGGCCAAGUUUACAAUGUCAGCGUGGUUGCUGUGGGCGAGACCUGCACCAGCACAGGGAGCCUUGCAGUGGAAGGGCCGACAGCGCCCUGCCCUCCCUCUCAGCUCAGCGUCACAAUGAACUGUAGCAGUAACUCUGCACUGUUGACCUGGAACAGCAGCCCCAAUGCAGUGUCCUACACUGGCAAGGCAGUGUGCAAAGACGGACAUAAUGUGACCUGUGAUGCAGGAGCAGGGCUUAGUUGCCAGCUGGAGGGUCUGCACUGUGGCGAGGAGUACAGCUUCACUGUGUCAUCCUCUGAUGGCGACUGUCAGAGUCCUGACAGCAAGCCAGUCAUCCGUACAACUGCCCCAUGUGCUGUUCAGAAUGUGCUCAACACCCUGAACUGUAGCACCAACAUGCUAACCAUCAGCUGGACCCCUGAAUCUGUGCCAGUAAACUACAGCGCCACCGCCACGGCCAGAGAUGGAACUGUGCUUCGCUACGUCACAGAGGAGUCUAGCUGUAUGCUGACGAAUUUAAUGUGUGGAGAGCAGUACACUGUGACAGUCAAAGCCAUGAGCAGCACAUGUGAAGGACACAGCAGCGUCCCGGAGAUUGUUAAUUCUGUUCCCUGUGUUCCUAUGAACGUCCAAGGCAUGGUGGAGUGUUCCACUAACACGCUGCAGGCGUCCUGGGAUGCAGCUGCCGGCGCAGUGUCCUACAUCUCCACAUUGAAGGGAGCAGGAGGUUUCUCUACUUCGUGUCCUACAUCUAGCCAGAGUUGCCUCUUCUCUGACCUCCAGUGUGCUCAGACUUAUAUGCUGAGUGUGGUGUCCCUCAACGACAAGUGCAACAGCUCCAAAAGCGCCAUAAUCUCAGCGAGAACCGCACCCUGCACUCCUACAAAUGUGACCGCUGCCCUGCACUGCCUCACUGGUUUGGUGACGGUGACUUGGUGGGCCAGCGCUGGAGCAGAUUAUUACACAGUCCUGGCUGAGGGCAACGGACACGUUGACUCCUGUAACUCCACUGGCAUGUCCUGUGAACUGAUGCGGCUGCAGUGCGGGGAGACCUACACUGUGACUGUACUGGCAGGGGACGGGAAGUGCAACAGCUCCAUACUCGCCAAAACCAAUGUAACCACAGCUCCCUGCGCUCCAGUGAUCCAGGAUCACUCUCUGGACUGUGUUUCUAACCACGCCUGGGUCACAUGGGCUGAGGAUGAGGAUGCCAUGAGUGUUACCGUCAAUGCGACCUCCAGUCUGGGACACUCAACGUCCUGCAGCUCAUCCACCAACAGCAGCUGUGCCCUGAAUGAACUGCAGUGUGGACAAGACUACACCGUCCAGGCUGUCACACAAGGAGUCCACUGUUCGAGCAAACCCAGCGCUGCUUUUCAGAUUGUCACAGCUCCUUGUACCCCUGCAAACGUGGAGUACACAUACUCCUGUGAGACUGACUUGGCCUUCCUUAGCUGGGACGAGACUUUGGGCAGGAAGAGUUUCUACGCUCACGCCCACGCCCACUCUGGAGACCACAUGGCCUCCUGCAGCACCACCCAGACCGACUGCUCCCUGCCCCCACUGCUCUGCGGUGACGUAUAUCACGUGAAAGUGAUAGCUGUGGCUGACCACUGCAACAGCAGCAUGGCUGGGGUAACACAGAUACAGACAGCCCCCUGUGCUCCCAUGAACGUGAGUGCCUCCUUGAUGUGUCACAACAACACAGCGGCAGUGAGCUGGCAACACAGUCCCGGUGCAAUUUCCUACAAAGUGAAGGCGCUCAGCAGAGAUGGCGAUAUCAAAGAGUGUACCACAAAUGACACAAGUUGUGACCUACCUAACAUGCACUGCGCCCAGACCUAUGUGAUCACCAUCACCCCAUUCUCUAGUCAAUGCAAGGGAUCCGACAGCUACCCAUUAACUUAUGUUGCAGGCCCCUGCCCUCCCACCGAUGUUCAUGUGUCCCUGCAGUGUGUCGGUAACGUGGGCCAUGUCACCUGGAACCCUGCCCCGCAAGCAGAUCUGUAUGUUGCCACAGGUUUGGAUAAUCACGUACACACCUGCUCCUCCAAUGGAUCAAGCUGCUCCCUGACAGACCUCCACUGCGGCGAGACGUCCGUCCUCACAGUGGUCACCAUCGAGAGGGGCUGCAGGAGCGAACCCAGCCAGUCUUUCACUUUCGAUACAGCCAUCUGCCCUCCCACCAAUGUGACUGGAGUGACAGAUUGCGGGAACAAUGACAUCACAGUAAGCUGGGACCCCAGUCCUGAAAGUGGUGUUAACUACUUCCUCCACUCCCAAGAAUAUGGAGGUGCCAGUGCAAACUACUCCACAACCCAGACUUCCCAUGUCAUCACCGGGCUGCAGUGUGGCGAGUUGUAUACGUUCACAGUCGCUACUAGGGACUCUGACUGCACCAGCGUCCUCAGCAAGCCGAUACAAACUCAAACAGCUCCGUGCCCACCAACCAACCUGACUGCCACUGCCGAAUGUGGCACCAAUUUGGGAAUGCUGUCCUGGGCCCCGAGUGCCCACGCCAUCUUCUACACAGCUACGGUGACUGGUACCCACGGCCACAAAGUUUCCUGUUCUUCCAACACAACAACUUGCUCAGUGAAGCUGGACUGUGGACAUCAGUACUCUGCGGUUGUGAUUGCCUCUAGUGCGACGUGCAACAGCAGUGCGGGGGCCACUCUGACAUUUAACUCAGCCGUCUGUCUGCCUGACAGGGUGGAGGCGGAGCUGGACUGCAAUGUCAACUCCUUCGCAGUGCAGUGGAGGGGGAGCAUCGGCGAUGUUGGCUCUUACACUGCGAUCGCCAUUGGCAGUGAUGACACACGUGUGACUUGUGACUCUACAAACUCUAACUGCACCAUCAACAACCUAAAAUGUGGCCUCACCUACAGCGUCGUCGUCACUACAUCGUCAGUCGACUGUGGAACCAUCAAGGGCUCCGACUACAGAGUGCAGUCAGCCCCCUGUAAACCAGACAACGUGUUGGUGAAUCCACAGUGCAGCGCUAACUCGGCGUUAGUGACCUGGGGAAACUCAGGCCCAGACCAGACGCAGGUGGUGUCAGCAGUGGACAGAAGAGGAAGGAUCCACACCUGCAACUCCAGCAGCUCCAACUGCACCUUCGACCAGCUGAUCUGUGGGGAGAGCUACGAUAUCAGUGUGGUCGGCCACACAAAUACAUGCAGCAGUGAACCAGCUCUUGCUCAAAGGCUCAACACAGCUCCAUGUGUUCCCACCCACCUCACAGCACGAGUGGACUGCAAAACCGGUAUCACUGUGGUCACAUGGGACUCCGCACGUGGCGCCACAUCUUACACCGUCUAUGCUCGGGGCAGUCUCGGCCACUAUGCUGAAUGUAACAACACAGACACUAACUGUGACUUCCGUAACCUGGCAUGUGGGCAGGACUACAACAUCACGGUGUUGGCUCGUCACGACUCCUGUGUCAGUUUGGUCAGCGAGUCCAUCACUGCCACUACAGGUCCUUGUCCCCACAGUGGUCUGAAGACGACACUGGACUGCCAGACCAACACAGCUGUGGUGUCCUGGACGCCCGGCAGCGGCAUCCAGUAUUACAAUGCCUCGGCCGAUGCGUUUGACAUUGCACACAAGCAGACCUGCUCCACCAACGGCUCCUCCUGUAACGUCACCUCUCUGCGCUGUGGGGAGAGCUACAGGGUGAGCGUCAGUGGACAGGGACAGAACUGCCCUAGUCCGGCCCAGGACUGGCACAGAAUUGUCACAGCUCCCUGCCCUCCCACCAACCUCACAGUCAACUCCUCCUGCAUAUCAAACAAUAUCUCGGUGACGUGGCAGCCCUCGCAGGGCUCGGUGUCCUACAUAGCUGUGGCUAAGAAUGCGGAGGGCCACCAGUGGUCCUGCAACACCAGCAGCACCAGCUGCCAGAUAUCUGGUCUGCUCUGUGGACAGCAGUACCAGGUCUAUGUUGUUGGUGUGGAUGAAAACUGUAUUGGACCCAAGAGUAACAUUAAAAUGAUUCGCACCGCUCCCUGCGUGCCACAGAACAUACAGAACAACCUCGACUGUGUGUCUGGUGUCCUCAAUGUUACCUGGCAGUCGACAGGUUACUUUGUACAGUUCCGCGCCUCCGUGGCGAGCAGCAAAGGUCACGUCAGCACCUGCACGACAGACAAGCAUUACUGCGUAGUGGACAACGUGGAGUGUGAUCUGACCUACAGUGUUACAGUGGUGGCUGAAGAUAUGAGCUGCAACAGUUCCCAGAGCCCCACAAAACAGGUCCUUGCAGCUCCCUGUCCUCUGUCAUCCUUCCUUCCUACUGUGAACUGUGGCACUGGAGUUGUAUCUGUUACCUGGAACAACAGUGUGGCAGGAGUCUUGUACACGGUGUCAGCGGUUGACAAAACAGGUCACCGUCACAACUGCACCGGCGCAAACAGCGGUUGUAAUCUUAGCACCCUGGAGUGCGGGACAGAGUACAGUGUCACCAUCACACCAUCUAGGAAUGGAUGUGUGGGCAGAGACACCCCCACAAAAAUGAUCACAACAGUUCCCUGCAUACCUGAAUUAACUGACGUGGAGAUCGACUGCCUGACAAACUCAGCCUGGGUAAUAUAUAAGGAGUCUGCAGGGGCUGAAGACUACAUCGCCGUAGUGACGGACCGCAUGGGUGACAUCCAGAUGUUUGACUGUAACACCACGUCAGAGGGGAUAUGUGCUCUGCCGCAGCUGAAGUGCAGUGAGAACCUCACCUUCACCAUCAAGGCCAGUGACCAGCAGUGUCCGAGUCCACCCAGCAACGCUGUCACAACUGAGAUGGCUCCCUGUCCUCCUGAGGAUGUUGAAAAUUCAGUGGACUGCGAGAACGCCACAGUCAGCGUCACCUGGUCCGCUGUCCCUGGUGCAGUGAUGUACACGGCCACGCUGGAGGAGUUAAAUGGAGACACCACCUGCUGCACCACAUCGGACACCAGCUGUAAUAUCACUGACCUGCCAUGCGGACAAAGCUACAUCCUGCACGUCACAGCUGAGGGACGAACCUGCAACAGCUCCCAGAGCGAAGGGGACGUCACAAGAACAGUGCCAUGCACUCCUCAGAACCUCAACGCCAGUCUGAGCUGCAGCGAUAAUGUGGCCUCCAUGUCGUGGGACAAGAGCAACGGAGGGCAGCUUUACCGAGUGAGAGCAGUGACUGCUGAUGGCCACGAGGACGAGUGCGUCUCCCCUGAGAACCAGUGUGAUCUGACGGGCCUGCGCUGUGGACAGUACUACACAGCUACUGUGACGGCAGAAGACAUUGACUGUGAGAGCAAACCGAGCGACAGUGUGAUGAUCAAGACAGUGCCGUGCACCCCUGCAAAUGCCUCCGCUGAGGUGGACUGUGAGCUCAAUUCUCUGAUUGUGUCCUGGUCCGAGAGUUCAGGAGCCGACUCCUACAUUGCCACAGUUCAGGACAGCAACAGUCAUACCACAACCUGUCAGGGCACAAUAGAGGGCUCCUGCAACGUGACGGGGCUCGGCUGCGGACUGAUCUACCGUGUCUAUGUCGUCUCCUCCGAUGGAUACUGCGACAGCCCUCCCACUCCUGUCAUAGACACAACGUCGGUCCCCUGUGAACCAAGACAUAUCAAGGCAGUGUUUGACUGCUACGCAAACACAGCCUUGGUGACGUGGUACCCAAGUGAUGGAGCUUUGCUGUACGUGAUGAGGGCCAACAAUAUCACCUGUGAGACCAACACCACCUCCUGUGAACUGGAGCUGAGCUGUGGUCAGAGCUACUCUGUGUCUGUCGAAGCUGUGGGCCAGACCUGCAGCAGCAUCGCUUACAUGACAGGACAGCUGAUCACGGCGCCAUGCGUCCCUGAACACAUCAACACUCAGUACAGUCUGACGAUCGGCCAGGUGCUAUGGGACAUGGCUGCUGGUGCUGAUUUCUACACAGUGGAGGGGGAAACAGAGCAGGGUCGCAGAGUUUCCUGCAUGACUAAUGACACAUACUGUGCCUUGUAUAACUUGGACUGUGGCCAGUUGUACAAUAUAAGUGUCACAGCAAACAACCAUGUGUGCCAAGGCAUAUCCGAGUCGACAGAAACAGCUAUGAUUGCAACAGAGCCUUGUCCGCCCAACAAUGUGGAGACAAGCCUUCGCUGUCAGGACGACACGGGAACCGUGUCAUGGGAGACCAGUGUUGGUGCCGUUGCCUACGAGGCCCGUCUCGCUGGGCGCGAUGGCCACUCUCUGUCCUGCUACUCUAACGACACUUUCUGUGAUGUAGAAGGUCUCCACUGUGGAAUCACCUACUACACCAAAGUCAUCGCCAUCGGAGAGACGCUCAACAGCAGUGCCUCCGCCACUGUUGUGCUGGUCUCAGCUCCCUGUGCAGCUGCAAAUGUGACGGCUAACUUGGACUGCGACAACAACACAGCCGAGAUCUCCUGGAGCUCGGCCAACGGAGCCGAGUCCUACGCGGUGACUGCCGUAGCAGCCGACGGCGACCGAGCUUCAUGUGAGACCGAUGAGAACCGGUGUGACCUGAUGGAGCUGCAGUGUGGUCAGACGUACAGCAUCAGCCUCACAAGCAUCAGCGACCAGUGCGAAAUUGAGACACUCACUAAUGUCACCUUCAGUACACAACCCUGCCGGCCAACUGGCCUCACAGUGGAUGGGUCGUGUUACAAUGAGACGGUGGUGCUGGAUUGGGCAGCAGCUAAAGGAGCAUCAGAGUACAUGGUGAUAGCCAAGGGAGACCUGGGAUAUACCAGGUCUUUCCAAACCAAUGAGACAACGAUAGAGGUUGAGCUGCUUUGUGGGCAACUGUUCAAUUUCACUGUAAAAGCCCGGGAUGUUCAAUGUGACAGCGCUAUGAGUCUGCUUGAAGAAUUCAAGACAGGCCCCUGCGUCCCUCAGCACGUUCAGAGCUUUACACACUGUGAGAACAAUAUGGGCUCGGUCAGCUGGGCCAUGAGCGACGGGGCGGAGUCUUACUUGGCCGUCGCAACGGGAGAGGACGGCCACACCCACGAGUGUGCCACAAACACCACCACCUGCACCUGGGAUGACUUGCACUGCGGAGAGAUGUACACCGUUCACGUCAUCGCCAAUGACUACCUGUGCAGCAGCAUGCCGAGCAACAGCACAUCAAUACGGAUGGCACCAUGUGCACCCCAGAACUUGAAAGCAUCUCUGAACUGCUCAUUAAAGGCGGCAUCACUGACCUGGAAUGCCAGUGAAACUGUGGAGCUCUACAUUGUGACUGCAGAGACCAACGGUGGCCAUGAAGUGCAGCUCAGCACCAACGAAACCUGGACUUUCAUUUCGGAGUUCCUAUGUGGCCAGGAGUACUUCCUGUCUGUUCAGGCCGUAGACUCUGUGUGCAGGAGUCAACCCAGUCAGCCUUUAAAGCUGAAGUCAGAGCCCUGCCCACCCACCAGCGUCUCCAGCUUCAUGAACUGCCUCUCUAACAUUGCUGUGGUGUCGUGGACCGGCUCAGCUGGGGCGGAGUUCUACACCGCCAAAGUAACGCAGGAAGACGGCCAAUCGAAAACCUGCUCAUCUGACAGCGAGCAGUGUGGCAUGCCUAACGUUCAGUGUGGACAGAACUACACCGUCACUGUCGUUGCCUCCAACGAGAAGUGUGACUCUGACCCCAGUGAGGCCGACACCCUGCAGUCAGGGCCGUGUGUUCCCACUGAUGUGGAGGUGGCGGUGGACUGCUCCAAAAAUGAAGCUCUCGUGUCCUGGAGUGCCAGCGACGGGGCUCUGUCUUACAAAGUGAGGGCUCAGAGCACACAGGGAGAUAUCUCCUCCUGCGAGAGCACAGAUCUGAAGUGUACUUUAACCAACAUGACCUGCGGGCAGUCCUACUCUGUCCAGGUGGUGGCACAAGAUGAUGUCUGCUCAAGUUUGCCCAGCCCAGCUACAAAAUUCACAUCAGUUCCCUGCACACCCAGCCCUGGGUCAGUGGUUCUGGACUGCUUCACCAACUCGGCCCUCUUGGACUGGCACUACGCCAUGGGUGCCCUGGACUACAACGCAACAGCCCAGUCCUCUAACGGCCACGUCUCCACCUGCAGCACCAACUACACCAACUGUGAGCUGAAGAACCUGCAGUGUGGUCAGACCUAUAAUGUGAUCAUUGUGGCAUCAGAUGAGAAGUGCAGCAGCCCCCCAAGCACCAGUUUACAGGUGGAAUCAGUGCCUUGUCCUCCUCAGGACGUUGUGCCUGUCCUGGACUGCUCUGAUAACACAGCCCGGGUCGAGUGGCAGGCGAGCAGUGGGGCUGAUUCCUACAUUGUCCAAGCGGUCGGCAUAGAAGAACACGAAUCCGUCUGCGAGACAACAUCAGAGUCCUGCGUCCUCCCAGACCUCCUCUGUGGCUACACCUACAACAUCAGUGUGAUCGCCGCUAACAGCGUGUGUAAUGUGUCACAGAGUGGCAUUACACAGCUGCAAGCAGUGCCCUGUGUACCACAGCAUGUGGAGGCCCGGGUGGUUUGUGAGUCAGGUGCUGUGGCGGUCUCAUGGGAGCCGAGCAAAGGGGCAACAUCAUACACCACAGUUGCCCAGGGCAACGGCGGCUAUGCCUCAACGUGCAACAGCAGCGACACAACGUGCCUGUUCAACAACUUGAUGUGCAGCCACAACUACUCCAUCAAUGUUAGUGCUUCAGAUGGGACGUGUAGCAGCGCUGGAAGCUCUGCUGUGGAGAUCAACACAUUGCCGUGUGUACCACAGGGAGUAACAGCAGAGAUGGUCUGCAGUAAUGACACAGGCGUGGUGUCAUGGGAGGAAGAAGAGGGCGUGUCCUCCUACACAGUGCAAGCUUUUGGGCCCGAUGGACACAAGACUGAAUGUAACAGCACCGAAACCAGUUGUCAGCUACCCAGCUUGCAUUGUGGUCAGCUCUACAACCUGACAGUGACAGCUCAGGAUGGACAGUGUGACAACAGCCGCGCCUUCCUCAACCUGCAGUCAGUGCCUUGCAGACCCACUAACGCGAAGGCCUCUCUACGGUGCCACUCAAACUCUGCUGCAGUGACAUGGGAGCGAGCGAGUGGGGCAGUAUCCUACCUUGCAGUGGGUGUCACAGCGGACGGAAGUCACCAGACUGAGUGUAACAACACCAUGACCCACUGUGAUCUGAGUGACCUGCAGUGUGGACAGACCUACAACGUGAGCGUGUUCAGCCAAGAUGAGUCCUGUUCCAGCAUGGAAAGCGACAAGGCUUACGUGCGGACAGCCCCUUGUGAACCCCACGACGUGACUGUUGAUGCACAGUGUGAUGAAGAUGCUAUAACUGUGUCUUGGUCUCCCAACCCUGAUGCCCAGUACUUCCAUGUAGCUGCAAUGAGCAACACCGGGGCCAGACUGUACUGUAACUCAACAGGCACUACCUGCACCAUAAACAGUCUACCAUGUGGACAGAACUAUAACGUUACUGUGCUGUCUGUAAGAGAUGGCUGUGAGAGCAAGAAGAGCCCCGUGGUACACACCUCCUCAGUUCCAUGUGUGCCCAGGAACAUUAAAGGCGGUCUGGACUGUGUAUCAAACUCAGCCUGGAUGACGUGGGAUGAGUCAGAGGGAGCCCUCAGCUACUUUGUGCUUGGCCAAGGGACGGACGGACACAACUCCAGCUGCACUUCCACCUCCUCUCCCUGUAAUGUCCCAGAUCUGAAAUGUGGGAUGCUGUACACUUUCCACGUCACUGCCAUCAACAAACAUUGCCGCAGUAAUCACAGCAACACCUUUGAGCUCGAAACAGGUCCUUGUGCUCUGACAUCCAUCAGUGCAGUGACACAAUGCAACAGCGACACCAUCCUGGUUGAAUGGGAGUUGACCGUGGACACACCCCUCUACCUGGUGACCGCUGAGGGUCAUGACCAAACCCUUAUUUCCUGCAACAGCUCCUCCAAUUCAUGUGAACUCCAGGAAAUCCGCUGUGGCAUGCAAUACAGCAUCAUAGUGUCAGCUUCUUCUGAUAAGUGCAGCAGCCUCAGAAGUCCACCUAAGAAGAUUAAAACAGCGCCCUGUGUACCAGACAACGUGACUGUGGUACAGUUAUGUGAAGAGCGUGGGGCAGCAGUGGCGUGGGCACCCUCCGCUGUUGCCACAUCCUACCAGCUAACAGCCACAGGAAUGGAUGGAAAUGCCGCCAGCUACAACACCUCAGUGAACAACUUCACACUGGUUGAUCUGCACUGUGGCCAGUCAUACAGUAUCAGCAUCACUGCCAGUGGAGACAACUGCACCAGCAUGCCCAGCACUUCGUCCUUCAGAACAGUGCCCUGUGAGCCCUCUGGUCUCGCAGUGGAUUUCGACUGUAAGAGAAACUCUGCCGUCUUGUCUUGGAACGCCAGUGAGGGCGCCGCCGAGUAUUUUGGCUGUGCUCAAUCUAAGGAUGGAGACGCGCUCUACUGUAACAGCACUGUUACCUCCUGCACCCUCGAAGGCCUAGAGUGUGGCAAAAUGUACAAUUUCUCCGUGGAGGCCUCUGAUGGCAUCUGCAAUAGUUCGUUUAGUGCACCUCUGAAGGCGGGAGCAGUUCCCUGUCCUCCAACUUCUCUGAAUGUCCGGAUGCAGAAGAUAGACCAAGCUUACUGGGCCAGGACGUCGUGGAACAGUGUCAAUUGUUCUGACGUUGAGUACCUGGCGGAGAUAACUGGUAGAAUCAACAACAGCCCACAGGCCCUGAUGGAAGUCGCUUCCUACUGGCUACCCAGAAGAUACUUUGAGUUCCUGAUGCCUUGCAGCACAGCUUAUAACCUCACUGUACGUGCCAGAAACUCAGCCGGGGUCAGCGCACCUUCCAGUGCCUUUACUGGAGUCACAGACCCGUGUCCUCCACAGAAUAUAAAAUACAGUGGUAACACACAGUCUGCUGUGCUGUCCUGGGACGCGUCGGUGUUUGCCACAAGUUAUACUGUCUACAGUAUAUCGAGAGGAGGCCGUGUCGAGCUUUGCAGCACCACCGGGCUCUCCUGUCAGCUGACUAACUUCAAUUCCAGUGCCACUGAAGUGACGGCCAGCAAUGCUGUGGGAGAGAGCAACCCUAACCGAUUUAUUACAGGUCCAGUAGGAGCUCGCAGAAGAAGAGAUUUGCGAGCCAGUCAAGUCUAUGCCCAUUUAGACAAAGAACUUGAGACGCCGGAGUUGCUGAUCGUUAGAGUAAGUGAAGUUUCCUUGUAUGUGAAGUGGACGACGGUGAGGGAUGCAACCGAGUACACAGUUGUCAUUGAGGAGGAGCAGAGAGAGCAGCAGGCUAAUCAGCCACCGAGAGUGAGAACCGUGGAAGGUGAUUCUUAUGUAGAGACUGAUCUCAAGCCCUGGACCACCUACUGCGUCAGGCUCGCAGCCAAGAACGCCAUCAGCCAAAGCAACUACUCCAGGCCAGAGUGCAGAACCACCGAUGCCUCCUAAUGAAGUAGCACAGUUCAAUUUAAAUAUACACUGGACUCAGCAGAAAUACCAUUAUAUGGGUUAUAUGUUUGUCUUCUCCACUCUUUAGCAGCCAUUACAGAAUUAUUACCAGUUUAAUCUCUAAGGGGGAAAAGUGUAAAAAAUAAGUAAUUACGACUUCAUGAGCCAUAACAGAAUUGUUCUGUUUGAGGGGCGCCUUACAUGUCACAAAUAAAUUAUGAUCAAACCUGAGGAAACCUUUAGAUUUGAAUGUUUAUGAAUCUUUGUUAGAAAUAGGUUGUAUACAUACUCAUAAUUGUGGCUGGUAUCAUAGCAGCAUGUGGCUUUAUAGCUGUCUAACAAAGUAUUGCUGAAAUUGUAUUUAUCAAAAAUGGAUUUAUUUUUGAGAUAGUUUUAUUAGAUUAUCUGGAUGAUUGUUAAACAAACAAAAAGUAGUGUAAACAAAUAAACAGAUAAUUUAUCAAGCAAUAUUUUUAAAACCAUGCAGUAUAUUUUCUUUAAGAUGUACUAUAUUUCUUCUCAUUUUGUGGACACUUUGACAGAUCUUUUUUAACGAUCCCAGAAAUGAAGGAAUAAAAAAUCUGUGAAACAUUAAAGACACCUCUGUAUAAAAAUCA